UCAAGUAAUUCAACAUGUUUCCACAUCGUUCGGCAGCAUUCCCCGAAGAAGUUAUUCAUACAUUUCGCCUUCACACGCAAUUUCUCCAGAAAUUGCAAAAUUCUAGUUACAAAGGAAACUUUGACUUUGAAGAAACCUCUAUGACGUUUCUUUGAUAAGUGCAUGUUGCAUUUGGUGUAAUGGCAUGAUACUGACUGAGUCUUUUCUGGAUCAACAGAAGCAAAUUCGAAAAAUGGCAACCCCAGAAAACACUCCUCAAGAUGCAUACAAUGAGCUGAGGGCCAUUUACAAGACGGAGCUGGCGAAAGCCCGUGCGGCUCUGGUCUUAGAGGCCACAGAGCGUGAACGUCUGCAGGUGGAGUUGUCCAAGCUGAGGAUUGAUUUUGACGAGCUGGAAGCAAGGGACACGAAGAAAGAAUCCGAUCUGGCUAAAGCCCGUGCGGCUCUGGUCUCAGAGGCCACAGAGCGUAAACGUCUGCAGGUGGAGUUUUCCAAGCUGAAGAUUGAUUUUGACGAGCUGGAAGCAAGGGACACGAAGAAAGAAUCCAAUCUGGCGAAAGCCCGUGCGGCUCUGGACUCAGAGGCCACAGAGCGUGAACGUCUGCAGGUGAAGUUGUCCAAGCUGAAGAUUGAUUUUGACGAGCUGGAAGCAAGGGACACGAAGAAAGAAUCCGAUCUGGCGAAAGCCCGUGCGGCUCUGGACUCAGAGGCCACAGAGCGUGAACGUCUGCAGGUCAAGUUGUCCAAGCUGAAGAUUGAUUUUGACGAGCUGGAACGCAUUUGA